UGUUUCCGACCGGUCCUUGGCAGCAACCGGAACAAUAUGGUAACGCGACGUGCAUGUGGGAAUGAAUGGAUGUAAAUGAUUAUUAUUAUUUUCUUUGUAAAUACACUUUCAUUCUUAAAUGAGUUGUCAAGUUAUGAUUGGUGUAAAGUUAUAUUAAGCGAUGGAGUGUGACAUUUUAGACUCUCUGGAGCAGCUCGGCUAUGACGGUCCGUUAAAGGAGGAAGCGGUGCUACUCCAAGCCGCCAAUGGUGGUCUGUCCUCGGCUGAAUAUGUGGACUUGUGCAGGUGGUUGGUGUCCCGCUUAAAGCCGCUGUGUAACCUGGAGGAGAGUAUCACUUCCGGUCCAGAGGACAUGGACAGCCUUGAGGUGGACAUGAGGGGCUUGCUGAAGGAGCUUUGCUGCCCAUAUGAAGUGUCAGCGAUAGUCAGGGGGAACACUAAAGAUCAUCUUAAGUUUCUGUUGUUUUUAAGCUCUGAGCUUCAGGCGGCACAGAUUGCCGGCAGCGGACGAGGUUGCGUUACAGGACAAAACGAGAAUUCGACUUCCCGGGAGCUGCGGAAAAUCUGCGAGACCUUAAACGUGUCGCAGUCGGAGGGCCGGGAUGCUGCAGACGUCCUGUCUCUUAUCCAAAACAAGGUGGAUACACUGGUUAAAAAGUGCCCUAAUGGCACAGUGGGAAAGCCUGUACUAAAGAAAUCCCUCAGCAGUGAACAGUGGGAGAAGCUACACACCAUCAACACAGUGCUGUCGUCGGAGUACGAGUGCCGACGCAGGAUGCUGAUCAAACGUCUGGACGUCACCAUUCAGUCUUUUGGGUGGUCUGAGCGAGCCAAGGCCAAGGUGGACAGCAUGGCGAGGGCCUACCAGCCCAGGAGGCACACUCUGAGGGCCGAGUCGACUGUGGACGCCGCCAGGCUGCUGGCAGCCAGAGAAGACAUCUGCAAUGUUGUCAAGACCAGCAGCGGUGCCAGCAGAGAGAAGACGGCGUGUGCGGUCAACAAGAUCCAAAUGGGAAAAGUUCCAGACCGAGGAGGACGUCCCGCAGAGAUAGAAGCCCCGCUGCCGGAGAUGCCCCCUUGGCAGAAAAGGCAAGAUGGAGGGGGUGAUUGGGGAGGUCGUGGGCGACGACGUGGCGGUGGCAGCGGCGGCUGGGGAGGAGGAUGGGGUGGAGGAAGAGGAAGUUGGCAAGGAGGCAGACAGAACUACGGGGGACACGGUGGAAAGAGAGGACGGUACCAAUAUUGAUUUGCUACUGCUUCUUUUUUUUUUUUUUUAAUGAAUUGAAAAAACACAUGAAGUUAACAUUUGCUAUAGACCACACAAAUGACGUGCAGGAUUAUCCCCCCCCCCUCCAAAAAAAAAAGUCUGUAGUGCAUCAUAGGAAGAAUGGACACUUUAUAUUUCACACUAGUUUUUACCAGUUAUCAUACACCUUAAUGAUGUGAUUUUAAUAAUAAAUAUGGAUUACUUUUCUACACUCCCUCAUGCACGAAUAUUUUUUUCCCGUCAUUCAUCUAAAGUCUAUAGUGCAUCUAAAGAGAUUUCAAAUGCACACCAGUGUUGCUCAAUAGAUACUUUAUACACUUUGUACAAGAAAAAAUGCACUCUUACACUGUGUACAUUAUCAACAACCUGUACAGGGACCAAAAAAAAAAAAAGUCACUCAUGCACUAAGACUCCAUCUACAAGCAAAAUCCCUGAAUCAAAUUCAAUAGGGAUUUAAAUAUAAAAUAUUAAGGAAAGAUCCAGUUAAAACACACGCAUACAUCUGUUUGUAAAUUACCAACUUCUGAUUUAUCAAAAAAAAAGCACACACACACACACACAGGUAACUUUCUCACUGCAAAAAAAAAAAACUUUGCUGGCACUUGAAGAGUUGUUUUUUUUAAUAAAAGACCUUUCAAGUAAAAAAAAAAAAAAAAAAAAAAAGCAUAUAAAAUGAUCAUUUCACAUAAUUUUGCCUUCAUUUAACCACUGACGUACUGGCAGUGCUUUCCACACAACAAUCCAAUCAUCGCAUUUUCACACACACACACACACACACACA